AUGCACAGAAGCCAGACAGAAAAUGGUGAGGAAAGAAAGUCAAUUGUUAGCGAUGAUGACAUCCAGCCCAACAUGCAUGCCAAGGGUGAUAAGGGUCACCAAUGCCUGGGUGGUACUCAGAAGAAUUUUAGAGAAAGAGAAACAAGCUGGUGGAUGAAUCAAUCGAUGACCAGCAAUCAUGCAUACUACGAGCAGCAAAUGGCAUGCUGGGAAUGGAAUGACAGGAAUCUAUCAGCAAUGGGUCACACACUCCAAGACCACUCACAUCAGUACAGGAGCAAGCCAAUGAAGCAGAGGUGCCAGCAGCCUCUGAAUGUCAUGAUGGGUCACAGAAGAAGAAAAGGGACGAAGUUCACGACAUACUUUAUGGUGCCCUAUGUAGUGACCUUGCUGAUUGCAGAUGAUUACAGUCCCACAACAGUUGUCAAGGCGCACAAGAUCAUGGUUGCAAGUAGUGAUGCAGGUUCCCUCAUCCACCCCACAAAUGAUGAUGAUACAGAGUUGGAGGAGAUAUUUCAUAGAAACAUUGUUGCCUUUCGACUAAAGCAACUGGAGCUCCUGACACAUGAAGCAACAAGUGAUACCUGGGAUGCCACUCAGGCUCUGCUGGAACUCCAAGGGCAAAUGCAGAAGGCAUCUCCUAUUCCAUCAUCCUAUGAUGAUUCCAAUCAAGCUGCCAACAAGUUACAUUCAGAGCAGGCAAAGGUCCAGCAGCAUGCCCCAAAUGCAAGCAUAGGUCAAACUGCUGGACUUGUCACAUCAGAACAUGCUAAGCUAACUUAUUUGGACACUUUCAAGACCGUUUACACACUUUCAUCAGAACUCAACACCACCUCACACCUCUUGGACUUCUACACACCCAGCUAUGUGUAUUGUUGA